AUGAUGCUGAGCGUGUUGAAGUUGACGUGCGCCAUUGCGACCAGGGCGCUCUUUGUCUUGGUGUCGCUGGCGGGCGUGUGGCGGGUGACGUGGGUGAAGGGCGACCACAUCUUCUGGCUGCUCACGCUGCUCUUCGCGCCGCUUCUGCUGGAGAUGGUCGUCACGCUGAAGAGGAGGAAAGGGCAAGAUUACAAAUGGUUUUCCCCUCCCAUCUUCCUCUUUCUCAUCAGUAUCAUUCCCUCCAUUUGGAUCCUGGAGCUGCACUACCAGCAGGACAAAGCCGGCGACCCUCAGUGCAAGAAGCUCGACUCCUGGGAAAACGUGAAGCGAGUCAUCACCCUGAAUGAGACCACGGGGGACAACCUCACGUACCAAAACUACCUGGAGAACAUCAACCAGGCGCUGUGCUCCAACGAGUGGAUCCUCGCUCUUCAUCAGAUCCUGCUGGUUCUCCUCAUCGUGGGAAAGUGGCUCCUGCCCUUGGGGGGCGGCGUCACCAGAGACGAACUCUCUCAGCUCCUUCUGAUCUUCGUCGGCACGGCGGCGGACAUCCUGGAAUUCACCAGUGAGACGCUGUCGGAUGUCAAAGAGAACAGUCCUCAGUUGGUCUAUAUCAUCUUGGCCGUAUGGACGUGGAGCAUGUUGCAGUUCCCGCUCCAUUUGGCUGUGGUGAAUUCCAAGUCGGACUCGUCGGACGAGCGGGAGGUACGCCAGGUGUCCCUCCUGACCAAGCACAGCACGGACAUUUGGGGCAUCGUGGAGGCCUUGUUUAUCCAGGACGGCCCCUUCCUGACGGUGCGGCUCACGGUCAUGACCUACUUCGACGUCUUCCACCAGAUGCUGGUCUUCUUCGCCAUCAAGAACUUCCUGGUGGUCAUUUUGAACGUCUACAGGCUCGCCGUCAUCUGCCAGGACUUCAGACUUUCUCGGAGCGGCGGCGGCACGGCCGGCGCCACCCCGUAACGAGGUGGAAUCGAAACAUCGGGGCCGACGGGGAAACCCUGAGUGAUCCUCAAAUAUUUUGAUUUUGGACAAGGAUACCUUUUGCCUCGUGUCCCUCAAAAUCAGUUCAUCGGGAAUAGUUGCCUUUUCAACUUGGGUGUACGUGCUACGUCGCUCUCUCGCUAAGCUCACAGGACAGUCGAUCAGUUCUCAUGGAGGACCGGACUGGAGUAACCGCGGCGGUGCUAAAGCCGAACAGGAAAAGAGGAAGCGGGACAUGGAAAAAAAAAAAAGAGAGGGUGUCGGUAGGUUUCUGGAUGCGUUUGAAAAGUGUGUUAGCAGACUACUCAACUCAACUGUAGAAAGCACCAAACAGUCAAACUAAGAUCAAGUCUGAAACAAAAAAAGCCAAAUAAGAAUAGAGUCCUCAACCCCUAAAACGACUUUUGACUUCCCAUCCCAAUUCUUGCAGUCUGAGCGUGAGGUGGGAUGACGUGGGAAAACGCCUGGUCUGUGCCGAAGUGCUGACGGGAUGGCGAGAUUGGAGGAACUUAGUCAGGAAAGUGAAAGAGCGCAGCGCGCUCGCGUGCAAACGCUGGCUAAUGAUGGGACAGGAUUUGCUUUCAUGCUGACUCAGACUGUUUGUUCCUGUGUUUUGCUCGACAGUAACACGCUUUUCUAGCAUUGAGGUCGUUUUUUGAACUGCUAUAAAAGAGGCCAUAAAAGUCUCCUGGGAGUAUCCCAUAGCGAACACAGUCAUGCACUGUGAACUGCGCGUCUUGGGGGACAAGCGCAUACGUCCGUAAGGGAUUUAUUUUCAUUCCAUUUCUGUUGUCAUUGUUUAAAAACACUACUUUUUCUUUUUUAUGCUCCUUUAAAUGAGCCUCAAAAAGGAAUCUGUGCCUUUGUCCAGAUUUUUCUAUGAAUUUUUACAUCAAAAUUAAAAUAUUCGUGCGAUACCAGUAAUCGUUCAAAUGAUUAGAUGUGCCUUUCCAGCACGACAUGUGGUUUGUUUCAUGUCCAUCCACCGCGAUUUCAAACGUGAAUGACGUCACUUAUUCGAGGCGGUGUCAGCUCCCGUGCAAAAACAGACAAAUGUCGCCUCCCCGUGGACACUAGAGUAGGAACACGUUACUCGUGAGGCAAUCCGCUCAUGAGUUCGUGAAUCAUUACCUGACACUUUUGUGGAGAGAAGUAAGAGAAUGUGUUUACUAGCCCAUAAAUACAUCACACUUACUACACAGGACAUCAAAGGUCACCAAAAUACCUUGACAAGUUUGUAUCUUUACGUGGAUAAAUAAAUG